CCUGCUCUUCGCUGUUUUCGUACGCGCUUCAGUUCCGAUUCAACCGCCAACUAAGUUACGUUUUGCGAUGUCACGGUGACGAACUUUCCGCGCAGUUAGCCCCCAGAACCCGGGAGAGACUCCACAGCCGCGCGCCGCUGGGACGUACGACCUGAGAUGAGCCCGUGUCGUGUCGCACUUGAAGGGAACUCCUGGUGACUCCUGAGCCGCUGCUGUUAUCGCCGUGUGGAGAGGACGUACCGCGGAGGAGAGCCUCAUGUUUUCGUCGAGCCAAGAGGAGCACUGCGCCCCGUCCAAAGACCCGGUGAAGUACGGGGAGCUGGUGGUGCUGGGGUACAAUGGCUCUCUGCCCAAUGGAGAUCGGGGUCGACGGAAAAGCAGAUUUGCGCUAUACAGGAGGACCAAAGCCAACGGUGUUAAGCCGAGCACUGUGCACAUCCUCAACACACCCCAGGCCAGUAAGGCUGUGAACUGUAAAGGCCAACACAGCAUCUCCUACACACUGUCCAGGAACCAGACGGUAGUGGUGGAGUACUGCCAUGAUAAAGACACAGACAUGUUUCAGAUUGGGCGUUCCACAGAGAGUCCCAUAGACUUUGUGGUGACUGACACAGUAGCAGGAGGCCAGGAGGGAGAGGAGACUCCCAUCACACAGAGCACCAUCUCCCGCUUCGCCUGCCGGGUCGUCUGUGAGCGCCUCCCUCCCUUCACUGCCCGCAUCUAUGCAGCCGGGUUCGACUCCUCCAAAAACAUCUUCCUUGGGGAGAAAGCUGCUAAAUGGAAAAACCCUGAUGGUCACAUGGACGGCCUAACAACCAAUGGCGUGCUGGUAAUGCACCCCAGGGGUGGAUUCACAGAAGAGUCCAAACCCGGCGUAUGGAGAGAGAUCUCUGUUUGUGGGGACGUUUACACACUGAGAGAGACCCGCUCAGCACAGACCCCCGGCAAACUGGUGGAGAUUGAGAGUAAUAUACUGCAGGACGGCUCCCUGGUGGAUCUAUGUGGAGCUACUUUGCUGUGGCGUACAGCAGAAGGCCUCUUCCACACUCCCACCCAAAAACACCUGGAGGCUCUCAGGCAGGAGAUCAACGCAGCGCGGCCCCAGUGUCCCGUAGGCCUCAACACACUCGCCUUCCCCAGCAUGCAGCGCAGCCGUGCCCUUUCCUCCCUGGAGGACAAGCAGCCUUGGGUGUAUUUGACGUGUGGCCACGUGCACGGUUACCACAACUGGGGCCACCGUUCAGAGCACGAGGCCAGCACCCAGCGGGAGUGUCCCAUGUGCCGGAUGGUGGGGCCGUAUGUACCACUGUGGCUGGGCUGCGAAGCGGCCUUCUACGUGGACACAGGUGCCCCCACGCAUGCCUUCGUACCAUGUGGACACGUGUGUUCAGAGAAGUCCGUCAAGUACUGGGCGGAGAUCCCUCUGCCUCACGGCACCCACGCUUUCCACGCCGCCUGCCCCUUCUGUGCCACACAGCUCAACCUUAGUCAGGGCUGUCUCAAGCUAAUCUUCCAGGGCCCUGUGGACUGAGCGGAAGGGUCCUGCUCUGGCAGAAGAGAUUAGAUGGGAAUGCCAACAUGCUGUGAAACUGUUCAGAUUAUUUUGUGCUUUCUUUUGUUCAUGUAAACCAGCUGUGGGUAGGAGUAAGUCUUCUAAACCUCUGGUCAUAUACUGUGGAUUCUGCACAACAGAGAGCCAUUACACAUUGUUCAGGGCCUCUUGGGGCUGUUUGGAUGGCCACUGUGGGAUACAGAGAUGUGGAGCACAUUGGACCACAGAUCCCUGGCUCUGCCAGACUGAAAUACUGUUUUCAGCUGUCCUGCCAACCAACCGCUUUAAAUACGGCUCCAGCACUGGGCUGUUUAAACUACAAUGCCUGCUGGUUUUCCAUCAGAGGGCAGUAGGAUUAAGGUUGUAGAAGGAAUGAAUCGUUUUUACUCAUGAAUCAGACUCAACCAGAUAAUAGCGAGCAGGGGUAGUUGGGGAAGGAAGGAUUUAUAGUCUAGUUCCUGAAGGGUCUGAGACAAAGUUUUUACAAAGCCAGACAGCUGGACUGUUGGCUGGGAGAAACACCAGGAGAAGUUUGGGGUCUAAUUCUAAUGGAUGACUAGUUAAUUGCUCCCCAUUGACCUCUCAGCCUUAACCCCUGAUCCAAACCAUGUAACUCCAGAGGUGGCUUCCAUUUACUCAACAAACUUUGAGAGGGGGGGUAUUUGUCAUUUAACGUUGGGGAUAUUUUUUCAUAAGUGAGAAAAGAUAUUUUAUUGAAGGCAAAGAAAGAAGUCAUUUUUCAUACAGAAGACAAAAUAGAAUGACAACCCACGUGGAUUCUCCUCCACAUUUUUAUCUGACAGAAGAGGUAUUUUACUACACUGAGGCCCUUGUACUGUUUCCUAAUGCAAAUGUUAAUAUAUUUUUCUCCUGCAUAAAUAGUGUGUGCAAGAAUGUUCCGAGUGUGUGCGUGCAUGUGUGAGUGUGUGCGCGUGUUGGACUGUGUGGGUGCCCACGGGCCUUUUGGUUUGCAUCGCCCUGCAUCAUCUCCACCCAAUCCCACUGCCCCCCCUCCCUUAUCCCCCCUCGCUGUGAUCUCGCCCACCUCCCAAAAGAGAGAACACAGGAAUUAAAACCAAGCUCCGCAGGGUCUGACAAUGAAUGUACACAUACACAUUGACUCUCCUCACUGGUGGUGCUUCACAUAUACAACCCGCUUACUCAUUAUCUGUGCUGUUAAAGGUACAGGUAAUGCCUAUUGGAACUGUACAAGCACAUGACGUAACCACGCCUGCUUGCAAGCCGGCUAGCUUGCUGCGCCCUACCCUACACACACACACACACACACACACACACACACACACACACACACACACACACACACACACACACACACACACACACACACACACACACACACACACACACAUACACACGUACUGUAUUCAGUCUGCACUGUUGUUAGCUUUAUCCCACGCUGGGCCUGAUCCAAUGAUUUCUACGCUCGCAAACCUGGGCACGGUCUCAGCAGCACUCAGAGAUUAUACCAAAUAUAAGGAGGAGCUGUUUUUCUCUCCUCACAUGCAAGAUGUAAACCCAAACUGCUGCUGUGCCGAGUGUUGACAGGCUCUGGAUUACAGUCGAGGCUGUUCACUUGCAUGCACCAAGCUCCAUGGGGAAUAAUGAUAUUAUCGCACACAAAGCCAAACUUGGUGAGGUUCCGUCGUGUGAGGAUGAGUCAAGUUGUCCAAAACAAAGCAGCAGAUGAAUUGAAACUAAAGAAUCUGGGACGAAUCUGCACGUUCUGCGGUGUUAGCUUAGCAGACUGUGCCCAUAUGUCAAGUGGAGUCGCAAGCAUUAAUUCUGACACUAGUUCAUCAAAUACAAUAGUGAGCAUUAAAGUUAUGAGAUGUGACCGUCACGUUUGUAUUUUACCCUUGGAAUAUUCUCCCAAAGUUGUGAAAUGGAUAAAAGAGAUGCUAAGGGUGCAGAGUCCACCAUGAUUAAGGGCUCUGAGUCGUCACUAAAAAAAAGAUAGCAUCGCCACAGUAGUGGUUGAGUAUUUUCCUUUCUGGUUCCUUCCUAAGAGAAACAUACUAAGCAUUCUUAAAAAGUAUCUGCAGCAUUACGCCUCACUCAAACCACAGAGUGUUUCCAAAUCGCUCGACUUCUCCAGAUUUUAUGUAACUGCCGCACCGGGUCGAGAACUAAGCCACAUGCUGUACAGUAGCAUUCCUUUCUAACACUUUCAGCUCCGACACCGUGCCCGCUGCUUAAGACCGCGUUCUGUAACAGCUGCAGAGUAGCUGCCUCAAACAUUCCUCCUUGGUAAACAUGGGUGGGGCCCUCAGUUCACCCAAGGGCUUGUUCUAUGAUUUUUGUCUCCUACAGGAACUCUGUACACAAGCCAUACAAACGCACUGAUGCUCCCAAUGCCUCUUUUGCAAAGAAUAAAAUAUUUUUUAAAAACACGCCCCAGUGAGUCGGUUGUCUCUGAUUUUAGGCCUCAUGACGUUAACGUUCUAAGACACUGCUUUAAAAAAAAACAAAAGGUACAAGCAAUUAUUGAGAAUUUGCUCCUUUUUUUAUUCAUCCGCUGGCUUUGAACUGCAGACGUCUCCGCUGCGAUCACACAGCGCAGCGUACGUUUUAUCACAGUUACAUACGUGUUUCAUCAUUCUCUGCUAUCUUGGUCAACAAAAAGGCUCUGAAUGUUGAUUAGUGCCAUCAAACAGUACAUUUUUAAGAUAAGGGAAAGAGUUUUCUUGAAGUGUUUUUUUUUUUCUUCUUAAGUCCUUCAUUUCAUAUUCUAAUCUUAUCAACCCUAUCUUAAUGUUUACCACAGGAAGUGAUUGCAUGAGAAACCCUGGUGUGCUGGUCAGGCUGUAGUUCCCCUCUGUAGCCGCAGGAGGGCACUAUUUCCUCAACAAUAGAGAUAUUGGCACCAACUACAGAGCCUGCGGCAUCCAGGAGCCAAGAGCACAGAGAUGAGAAAUUGAAGUUUGAUGUUUGUUUUUCUUUAUUAUGAAAAAGACGUGUAAAUGCAUCUGAAUGAAGAUCAACUGAACUAAAUAAAUUGACAUGCCUCUGCA